AUGACGCCCCAGAAAGAGCCGCGAAGACGGAGUGUCCAGGAGAGCGCUCCCGCCCCGCGAAAGGCGCCCCCGCGAGCCGGUGGGAAAGCGGGAGAGGGCGGACUAGGCUCCUGGCGAGCCAUGCAGCGCAGCAAAGCCCGCGCGGGCCCAGGCUUUCCGGGGAGCUCACGUUCAUCCGAUCCCCGCCCGCGGCCCUCCCCGCACCCGGCCCCCGGCUUUCCUUCCACUAAAGGGCGCGGGGCUGCCGCGGAUCCUGCGCUCGCCGGGCAGCUAAUCUGGAUGCUCGUAAACAAGCGCCAGCGGGCUCUGCGCACCGCCACCCCCGUGCUCGCCGCGUCCUGCAGCGCCUCCCUGCCCGGCAGCGGCGCCUUCGGGGGCUCGGCCGGCGCCGCCGACGACAACUACGGGCUCGUCGCGCCCGCCACCUCCGUCUAUCGCGAGGUCUGGCAGGUGAACCUGAAGCCCAAGGGCCUGGGGCAGAGCAAGAACCUGACGGGCGUGUACCGGCUGUGCCUGUCGGCGCGCACCAUCGGCUUCGUGAAGCUCAACUGCGAGCAGCCGUCGGUCACGCUGCAGCUGAUGAACAUCCGCCGCUGCGGCCACUCGGACAGCUUCUUCUUCAUCGAGGUGGGCCGCUCGGCCGUCACGGGCCCCGGCGAGCUGUGGAUGCAGGCCGACGACUCGGUGGUGGCGCAGAACAUCCACGAGACCAUCCUGGAGGCCAUGAAGGCGCUCAAGGAGCUCUUCGAGUUCCGGCCGCGCAGCAAGAGCCAGUCGUCGGGCUCAUCCUCCACGCACCCCAUCAGCGUGCCCGGCGCGCGGCGCCACCACCACCUGGUCAACCUGCCCCCCAGCCAGACGGGCCUGGUGCGCCGCUCGCGCACCGACAGCCUGGCCGCCACGCCGCCGGCCGCGGCCAGCGCCAACGCUGCGGCGGGCGCCAAGUGCAACUCCUGCCGGGUGCGCACGGCCAGCGAGGGGGACGGCAGCGCGGGCGCGGCGGGGGCAGGGGGCUGCAGGCCCGUGUCGGUGGCUGGGAGCCCCAUGAGUCCGGGACCGGUGAGGACGCCUCUGAGCCGCUCGCACACCCUGAGCAGCGGCUGCGGCGGCCAUCCGAGCAAGGUGAUGCUGGCGCCGGCAGGGGGCGCCCUGCAACACAGCCGCUCCAUGUCCAUGCCCGUGUCCCACUCUCCUCCGGCCGCCACCAGCCCUGGCAGUCUCUCGUCCAGCAGUGGGCACGGCUCGGGCUCGUACUCGCUGCCUCCAGGCCCGCACCCGCACCUACCGCCCCCUCUGCACCAUCACCAGGGCCAGCGGCCCUCCAGUGGCAGUGCCUCUGCCUCGGGCUCCCCCAGCGAUCCCGGUUUCAUAUCGCUGGAUGAGUACGGCUCUAGUCCUGGCGACUUGCGAGCCUUUUGCAGCCACAGAAGCAACACUCCAGAGUCCAUCGCAGAGACUCCUCCUGCCAGAGAGGGCAGCGGGGGUGAGCUGUAUGGGUAUAUGACCAUGGACAGGCCCCCGAGCCACUGUGGCCGCCCCUACCGCAGAGUCUCAGGGGACGGCGCUCAGGACUUGGACAAAGGGCUGAGGAAGAGGACUUACUCCCUGACCACACCUGCCCGUCAGCGGGCAGUGCCCCAGCCCUCGUCCGCGUCGCUGGAUGAGUACACUCUGAUGCGGGCCACCUUUUCCGGCAGCUCGGGCCGUCUCUGCCCCUCGUGCCCCGCCUCCUCCCCCAAAGUGGCCUACCAUCCCUACCCCGAGGUCUAUGGAGACGUAGAGAGCGGUCCCCACAGAAGCUCUGGCAGCAAUGUGGGGGCAGACGAUGGCUACAUGCCCAUGACCCCGGGUGUGGCUCCCCUGAUGGGUGGUGGCAGCUGUAAGAUUGAUGAUUACAUGCCCAUGAGCCCCACCAGCGUGUCUGCUCCCAAGCAGAUCCUGCAGCCCCGAGUUGCCGCUGCAGCCUUGCCUCCCACCGGAGCUGGGGUGCCAGCAACAACCUCUGCAGCUGGAAGAGGCUUCUCGGUCAACGGGGGCAGCUACAAGACCAGCUCCCCCGCAGAGGGCUCCCCAGAGGACAACAGGUACAUGCGCAUGUGGUGUGGUUCCAAGCUGUCCAUGGAGAAUUCUGACAGCAAGCUGCUUUCCAACGGGGACUACCUCAACAUGUCCCCCAGUGACGCGGGCACCUCCUGUACCCCACCUGACUUCUUCUCAGCUGCCUUGCACAGUGGUGGAGAAACGCUCAAGAGAGUCCCUGGUUACUGCUACAGCUCUCUACCCCGCUCUUACAAGGCUCCUUAUACUUGCAACGGGGACAACGACCAGUAUGUCCUCAUGAGCUCCCCAGUGGGGCGGAUUCUGGAAGAGGACAGACAAGAACAACAGACCAGUCCGCAGCCGCUGGCCACCCCAGUGACCACCCAGUCGGCCAGCGCCUUCGGGGCCAGCGGGGGCAGCCACAUCCCACCUCACCACCCAGCAGUGCCUUCCCCCAUGCGACAGAGCGGCAGCGGCCGCCCAGAGGGUUUCCUGAACCAGCGCUGCCGGGCGGUGCGGCCCACUCGCCUGUCCCUGGAGGGGCUUCAGACUCUGCCCAGCAUGCACGAGUACCCUUUGCCCCCGGAGCCCAAGAGCCCGGGCGAGUACAUCAACAUUGACUUUGGCGAGGCGGGAGCCCGCCUUUCCCCACCUGCCCCUCCGCUGCUGGCCUCGGCGGCCUCGUCUUCCUCGCUGCUGUCAGCCAGCAGCCCAGCCUCCUCGCUGGGCUCCGGCACCCCCGGGACGAGCAGCGACAGCCGGCAACGCUCCCCUCUCUCCGACUACAUGAACCUCGACUUCAGCUCGCCCAAGUCACCCAAACCGGGGACUCAGAGCGGGGACCCAGUGGGCUCGUUGGACGGCCUCCUCUCGCCCGAGGCUUCCUCGCCCUACCCGCCCCUGCCGCCUCGCCCCUCCGCCUCGCCCUCCUCUGCCUCCUCCCACCGACAGCAGCCACCCCUGCCGCCGCCACCGGGGGCGCUGUACCGCCUGCCUCCGGUGACGGUGGCCGCCACAUCCCCGGGCCCCUGCGCCGCCUCUUCGUCGUCCUUGGAGACUGGGGACAACGGUGACUACACCGAGAUGGCCUUUGGGGUGGCUGCCACCCCGCCACAGCCCAUCGCGGCACCCCCGAAGCCGGAGGGUGGCCGUGUGACCAGCCCGACGGCGGGCGUGAAGCGGCUGAGCCUCAUGGAUCAGGUGUCGGGCGUCGAAGCCUUCCUGCAGGCGAGCCAAGCGCCAGACCCGCACCGGGGUGCCAAGGUCAUCCGCGCCGACCCGCAGGGGGGCCGCCGCCGGCACAGCUCGGAGACCUUCUCCUCGACCACCACUGUGACCCCUGUGUCCCCGUCCUUCGCCCAUAACCCUAAGCGCCACAAUUCGGCCUCCGUGGAAAACGUCUCUCUCAGGAAAAGUGGCGAUGGUGGCAGCGGGGGCGUGGGCAUGGGCCUUGGAGGGGGAGAUGAGCCGCCCAGAUCCCCCCACCAGGCGCAGCCAGCUCUUCCCGUGCCAUCGCUUCCCCAGCAGCCAAGGCCGUGGACGCAGAGUCAGCCCGUGGGGUUGAUAGGCUGCCCUGGGGGCAGUGUCUCCCCAAUGCGUAGGGAGACCUCUGCUGGCUUCCAGAAUGGUCUCAACUACAUCGCCAUUGACGUGAGGGAGGAGACUGGGCUGCUACCCCCGCCGCAGCAGCCGCCGCAGCCGCCGCAGCAGCCAGGAGACAAGAACUCCUGGGGCCGGAACCAUAGCCUCGGUGGUCUCAUCAACGCUGUAGGUGGCGGCAGCUCCAGUGGGGUCUGUGGGGGGCCAGGCGCUGGCCCGCUGCCCUCUGCCAACGCCUACGCCAGCAUUGACUUCUUGUCCCAUCACCUGAAGGAGGCUACUGUUGUGAAAGAGUGAAGAUCUCUCCAGCUCUGUCACCAUCACCAUGAACCCACACAUCUGAAACAUUAAAAGAAGAUGCUCAACUUUUUUUUUUUUUUCCAAAUACAAAGCUGCUUACAAUUUACUGUUGGGUCUGAGCAGUGACUACGUUUGGAAACCCUUCCGGGACGGUAUUAGACAAGGAAUCAACACAAGGAAGAAGCACCUGCCUCACUUUCUGCUUCCCUGUGUUCAGCAUCCGUUGUUGUGCUGCUGUUUCUGCUUUGUGUUGUGUUUUGUGUUUUUAGACGAACUUGGCUGAAGAAGUUACUCUCAAGAAAAUUGGAUGUUUUCAUUGGCCGCCUUAAAUUGUGGCCAGUGGCAUAAUUUCUUUUUACUUUCAUUUUGGCAAAGCAAAUUUAUCCCUCAGCAUGCUAGGAGAUUCUACAAAUACCCGUUCGAGUGGUAAAAUCUGGUAUUGACUGGCAUACACUCAAAACUACCACAGUCCUACCUCAGUUCAAGAUAAAGCCGGAUUUGCGUGGUUAGGGGUACGGCAGGACUUCCGGUAUGUCUGUUCUGAAUGUGUCUGAAGCGUGGUCAUUGGCCUUACUGAACUGGUUCAAGUAGACAGCUGCUUGUUGGACUUCAGUCCAGGGACCUGCGGUGUUUACUCACAGACAGAACCCAGUGUGGGACUGACAUUUUUAAACUGAAAUGAGAUUUGGGAUCAGACUUUGAAGACGGAUUAAUAAAUAAUCAUUAUUAUAUGUAACUGAAGCAACCUACUUUUGAAAAUCAUCAACUGUAUUGGGUUGUGUGGGGUGGGGAGGGAAGGGAUUUGGGAAGGGGGUGAGUAUCUCUUUUUACCUUUAACAGAUUUGUUUAGUCUUCUCUCCGUAGAUGUUUAUGUAGGUACUUCAGAUUUGCAAAAGCCUUUUAUCCUACUCACAAGCUCAGAUUUCUCUGCUCUCCUUAAUCUUGAGCUUGCAUUUCUUUAACCAAAAAUUCACGUAGGCAUGCUAGCAAUUCAAGGGUGGUCACGGGUUUGGCAGAUUAAGACAAAUAUUUAUUUAAUAUAAUGCUGUCAUGCCCGCCAGCAAGGCUGCCCUGAACAAAAAAGAAGAAGAAACUGAUAAUAAAAAUUUAAAAAGAGGCAUUCCAGCCCCGGGUAGUAUUAAUGGGAAAAGAAGCGAAGGAGAAAAGCAGUCUGGCAGUACAUGUCAGUUGUCCAAAAAUGCCUGACAAGACGACCCUUGUUUGAUGUUUUCAGUGUUCUGAAAAUACCAGUGUUGUGGCGAUUAUCACACGUGUCACCUAGAACUGCUGAAACAGACCAGCACAAUGUUCUGUCAACUUGCUGCUCCCCUGAGACCUCUGAUUGGAAAAUUGUGGUCGUUUUCGUCCCGUGGGUGCAUCCCCAGUGCCUGUCUUCCCUGAUAGUCAUGUAGAUGUUACACUAAUUCAUUGGAGAUGUGAGGAGUUGGGUUUUUUUUUAAGGAAAAAAAAAAGAUUCAUACUAUGGAGAAAAAUAUAUAUAGAUAGAUAUAUAUCACUAUAGAAUAAUGCAUUAAUGAAAUGAGGUUUUUAGAGGAAGACCAAAAAAAAUUCAAUGUCUUAAAAAUAUAUUUAAUGGCAAUGCAAAAGUCUUCCUGCUUACAUGCUGAACUUCUGGAACGGAGGAUUGUAUUACAAGACAAAGUUGAAUGUAAAGUAAUCCCCCCGGACAUCUUUAAGGUUCUUCUUUUCUGAAAUGACACAUCACAGCAGUGCAUAGGCCAUACGACGUUGGUUUACAGGUCAACUUCAGUGUAUAAUACACUUUAUUAAAAUGUAUAAAAUGCCCGAAAGUUUUUUUUAAUCUAGUUUUGGGACUAGGAAUGGACGGAUGGUAUUUGCUAUGUAACUCCCCCAGGUACAAUAGGGUGAAUCUGGACCCUGCUGAAUAGAGUAUAUUGACUUGUAUUUAAGUAGCCCUCUAUGCUUAGAAUAGUUACGCCACUACAUGAAUGCUCCGUGUUCACAGUGCAGCUUAAACAAGCAAAAUAAAAAGUUAAUAAUGUACUCAAUUUUCCUCUAUCCUGUACAUUUCAAAAAAAGGCAUAUGCAAUAUUUACAUUUUUAAUUUAGUUUACAGAAUGGAACCAAAAUGUAUAAAUGUUAUGUUUGCUAAAACUUCACAAUGUAUAUUGGGUCUUUGUACAUUUUGCCUGACUUACCUUAAAUUUAAAAUAUUUUUUGCUAUAUAAACUUUAACAGUUAUUACACAGUGUUUCCUUUUGGGUACGUAUUGUUUCUGGAUAUCAAGAUGUUAAAAUAUAUUUCUUGCUAUUGUGAGAUGACAAGAGACUUAUCUUGCUGUGUCUUCCAAUGUACACGCUGUAUAUAAGGAUAAGUGUGACGCUGCUGGAGACAAGAAUAAAUGGAACUAGAAUAGUGCAUUGUAUUUAGUCUGUAUUGAUCAUGGAUGUUCUCUCCUUAAUAGCCAUAUGCAAUAAAAUAAAAUACAUUAUUUAUGAAGUGAAUGAAGCUUUGAGGAUGUUUUUCUGUGUGGAUCCUAAGUUUAAUAUAGAGCUGCUCUAGAGUCCUAGAGUUACUUCGAUACCCUUUAAAUUUUGAAAUUAUUACUCUAGAAAUCAGACACUAUUUUUAAAAAUCACAAAAGUUAUGAAAAUUAAAUAUUAAGAAACAAAACUGUUUUCUUUCUUUACAAAACAGGCUGGAUGCUAUUCCAAGUGCUUUGCAAACAUUAACUCCUGUACUGAUUAUAACUACCUUAAAAAAGAAAACAGUUGCCAUCAAGUCAAUUUUGAUUCAUGGCGACUCCAUAUGUGUCAGAGUAGAACUGUCCUCCGUCGGGUAUUCAGUGGCUGACUUUUUUGGAAGUAGAUUGCCAGACCUUUUUCCUAGGUACCUCUGGGUGCACUCGAACCGCCAGCCUUUUGGUUAGCAGCUGAUUGCGUUACAUGUUUGCACCACCCAAGAGCUCCAUAACAACCUUCUUGUAAGCUGUGGUGGAGUCAAUUUCUGCUUAUAGUGACUCCAGGGGACAGAACAGGGUUUUCUAGGCUGAAAUCUUUAUGGGAGGGAGCAGAUUGCAUCCACAGAGCAGAUGGGUAGGGUUUGAACCACCAACCUUUUGGUUAGCAGCUGAGUACUUAACCUUAUUGUGUGCUGUUGAGUCAGUUCCAACUCAGCGACCCUGUAUGACAGAGUAGAACUGCCACUGGACGACUUGAACAACUUUAGGUGGUAAGAAUUACCAUCCCCAUUUUAUAGAUGAAAAGACUGAGGCACAAAGAGGUUUAGUAAAUUGAGGGCGUAUAGCGCAUGAGGAGUACAACCAGCAAUCAGACCCAGCAGUUCAGUCCGGAAUCCAUGCUUACCCACUCUGCUAUGCUACCUCUCAGACAUGCAUUCAUGAUGAUGUACUGGGAACCCUGGUGGCACAGUGGUUAGGAGCUUUGGCACAGUGGUUAGGAGCCUG